AUAUCCUAGAAUAAUGCUGCCUUCACCGAGUCGACUCUUCCUGUUCAUCCUAUUUUUCUGGUUUUGUUGUCUUCUUAUAGUUCCGCGCUUUGUGUUUAGGGGGUUGGGCUAGUCGACCGCAUGGCUUGUUUGACGAAAUUUCGGGAAUCACUAACAAUCCUGUGGAAAGUAUCAAUGCGGUGGUCAAAAAGUGGGUUGCCUGGAAGGAAUUAACAAGUGAUAAGCUGGUUCUGUUCAUGUAUCUGUUAAUGGGCUAUUAUUGUAAUGAGUUAAAACGUGGUUUUUGUGACGUUGGCAAUUAUCAUUUGAAGGUAACAUCAAAGCAACAUAAAACCGAUCGCUCCUUGUUGUCAUUGGUAAAUGCGUAUAAUCCCAACGAGAUUCUGGAAAAAGCAAAGCAAUUAAUGGAAGCACCGUCAUCUGCACUCACGGACUUAUUAUCACCAAUACCAUCACCUCCAUUGCUCGAUUUAGUGCAUGUUGAAAAUUCAAAUCAACCUCACGAUCAGUUCUCAUCAUCUGAUAAGACAGAAAAUGAACCACGAUCAGCAUCAUCAACGUCAAUGAUAACAGCACCCCCAGUAGAUGCACAAGCCGUCGUUCGGAGAACAUUAACACCUAGGACAAAAGCAGCAUUAUUAGUCGAUCAAAACUGUGUAAAGUUUGAUCAAGAUGAUAGAUUUUUUACGGUUACAUCACUUGAUCAACAAAGUAUUUAUGUGGUCCAUAUGCGUGAUCCAAAUCGUUUAUUUAAAUGUUCAUGUCCAAGCACUCUCCAGUUAUGUUCUCAUAUAAUAGCCGUUAAAGUAUACCUGAAAAUGCCAGUGAACGAUAACGAUUAUACGUUGAAUGCUGGUGCCGAUCGAAAAAUGGCAACAAAAGAAAACAAGGAUGGUCUUAGCGGACGAAAAAGGCCAAGACGAGUUGAUAAACAAGCCAACAAGGUUUAUGAGCAACGGUUACUUGCCCAACCUUCAACAUCAACAAUCACUCCACCACAAACGAGAGCAACAAGAAAUACUUUACAACCAUUCUGCAAUAUUGCAAAUAUACAAUUAACAACAACCCAAUCGUCAAUUAAUUCGUCACCAGCAAUACUAUCACAACAACAAACUGCCACUGCAUCUCCCAGUCAACCUUUUUCAUCAUUUCUACCUGCACUUCGAGUUAUAUCGAUUCAAAAUAAUCCACAAUCCAGUUUAAAUUUAUCACAACAGUUUUGUCUAGUGAAACCAAAAUAG